AUGUCAGAAACAGAAGCUCUCAUGACCCCCAAGCCGAGAGUAACGACUUCGCUCGCAUUUGCUACCCUCGUGGCAUGCUUUGGCUCUAUUCAAUAUGGGUACCAUAUGGCCGAGCUCAAUGCGCCAGGUCAGGUUCUUUCGUGCUCUAAAUUUGAGAGUCCUUGGCCACAGACCCCUUACAACGAAACCUGGCUCGGGAAGCAUGCGUUUAAACAAUGUAUUGAGCUUUCUGAACAACAAAUGGGUCUUGCUACCUCCAUUUUUUCCAUUGGAGGUCUCGCUGGCUCGCUCUACGCAGGCAAACUUGCCGAUCGAUAUGGUCGUAAGCGUUAUAGUUUUUUCAACUGCAUCAUCGGAAUUCUGGGGUCUCUCAUACUGUUUCGCGCUAAUACGUAUGCACAACUAGUUACUGGUCGUUUCAUUGUUGGUGUGUGCUGUGGCAGUUCUAUUGUCGUGACGCCGCUGUUUAUCAGCGAAAUGUCACCAAAAGAACUGCGGGGCUCUUUAGGAUCCAUGAAUCAAGUGUGCAUCAAUCUCGGGAUUCUAUUGACGCAGUUACUGGCUCUCAAAUAUGCAGACUCUUACCGUUGGAGAUGGAUUAUGCUUGCAGGCGCAGCUCUUGCACUUAUCAAUUUGAUGCUACUCUACAAGAUUGAUGAAUCGCCGUUGUGGCUAGCCUCUCAGGGCAAUCUAGAAGGUGCGGAAAGUGUAUUACGUGACCUGCGUGGCGGCGAUUCGCGUCGCUCUCGCGAUGAAGUUGACGAAUGGCUCACCGCGCGCGGUUUCUCCAGAAAUAGCAACACCUAUGCUGCGGCGCGGGAAUCGAGUCCACUCAACACUCCAGCUUCACAGCAGUCGUCUCUUCAAACCUCUAGGGAUUCUCAUUCUACACUUUCGCUGGUGCAAUACUUUACAGACCCACGCUACGCCAAAUCGCGCUGGGCCGUGACAGCGAUUUUGAUGAGUCAACAAUUCUGCGGUAUCAAUUCUAUCAUUUUUUAUGGUGUUAAAGUAGUGAGCGGCCAGCUACCGCAAUAUGCCAUCCUCGUGAAUUUUGCAAUUUCGAUCUUAAACGUUCUGGUGACCUUUGGUGCAUCCUUUAUCAUCGACCAUUGGGGACGUAGGCCACUGCUGAUCGCCUCCGCAAGUGCCAUGUCGGUUGCUACUGCGUUUGUUUCCGCCGGUAUUGUUGCAAAUAAUGCAGUCGUUUUGGUGACAUUCACCUUCAUUUACGUGGCUGUUUUCGCCAUUGGGCUCGGUCCCAUACCGUUCUUGGUCAUUUCAGAGCUAUCUCCACCAGAAGCCAGCGGCAUCGCGCAAAGCUACGGAACCACUUGCAACUGGGUUGCUACGUUUAUAGUUGGCUACGGAUUCCCGUUGCUGAGCCAACAACUAAAUGGCUACGUUUUUCUGCUAUUUACUGCCUACGCGGCCGGGUUUGCCGUGUAUGUAUGGUUCAAGAUUCCAGAAACCAAAGGCAAACAACAAGAACAACUUAGAUGGAGAGAAUAG